AUGGACCUCAAAGAAUCAGUACGCAACCAAACUGACGUGGGCCUCAGAAUGACGAGGCACCUGUUUCUAGCUGAAGCCAAGGGGCAGAACAUGGUGUUCUCGCCGCUCUCCAUCCAUGUUGUGUUGAGUAUGAUAGCAGCUAGCACAAAGGGUCCAACCCAAGACGAGUUACUCUCUUCCCUAAAGUCCAUGUCCACCGGAGAACUCAACUCCCUCGCCUCCAAUCUCCUCCCUUUCGUGUUUGCUGACGGCUCCCCCAGCGGCGGUCCCUGCCUGUCCUUCGGGAAUGGCGUUUGGGUCGACGAGUCUCUCCCUCUCAAACCCUCUUUCAAAGAGGUGGUGGAUACUUUUUACAAAGCGGCUCAAAAGCAUGUCGAUUUCCAGAACAAGGCUGAAGAAGCAAGAGCUGAAGUCAACUCAUGGGCUGAAAAGCAGACUAAGGGUGUUAUUAGAGAAGUUCUUCCUCCUCAGGCAGUUGACAGCUCAACAAGGGUCAUCUUUGCAAAUGCAUUAUACUUCAAAGGAACUUGGGAUGAUGACCCGUUUCUGUACUCAAAAACAAAGGACUAUGUCUUCCACCUUCUCAAUGGGAGAUCAAUAAUAGAGGCACCCUUCAUGACUAUCUACAAGAGGCAGUUUAUAAGUGCCUUUGACGGCUUCAAAGUCUUAAAACUUCCAUACAAACAAGCAUAUGGUGAGAAGAGGCGUUUUUGCAUGUGCUUGUUUCUUCCAGAUGAAAAAGAUGGUCUGCCAGCUCUGGUUGAGAGAGUUUGUUCUGAGCCAGGCUUCUUAGAUCGCCAUAUUCCAUAUUUCAAAGAUGAAGUGGGUAUCGUCAAAAUCCCAAAGUUUAAGAUUACUUCUUGGUUUGAAGUUUGGGGCAUUCUCGAGCAGUUAGGUUUGAAGCUUCCUUUCCACUUGACAGAGAUGGUGGAAGCGCCUCCGGGUCAGGACCUUUUUGUUCCCAAAAUGCUCCAUAAAGCCGUCAUCGAAGUUAAUGAAGAAGGAACGGAAGCUGCCGCUGUUACAGUGACCAGUGCGAGCUUGUCGUUGGCACCAUGUAAGCCUAGGAAGACGGUAGACUUUGUGGCAGAUCACCCAUUCCUAUUUUUGAUCAGAGAGGAAAUGACUGGAGCGGUGUUGUUCAUUGGGCAGCUGCUCAAUCCUCUUCAAGGCUGA